CUUUACCACAAGCUUAGCUUUCAAGCUGCGAGCACUUGCGAGCCUGCACGAUGGCCACACCGAUGCCACUGCCCAAGAUAACACGGACGCCGUCCGCGCCGCUGCCAGGGCGCAGACACACGAGGCCGCACGCGCCCGCAAAGCCGACGCGGCGCCCGUCGCUGUCGACGCUGCCGACGACGGUCGCGCCCAAGGCGCAGCGCACGUCCAAGACGUCGCAGAAGCUCGUGGUGCUGCCGAGCGCGCCGCAGACGAAGCCGCUGCCCGGCGCGGACGUCGAAGAUGACACGACGCUCGGGUACGAGACGGACACGGGCGUCGUCGUGCGCGACUACAAGAACGCGGGCGAGCGCAUGAGCAAGGACCAGCGCAAGAAGGCGGGGUUCAAGCGGUUGACUGUAUACUGCGUCGCGGACGGGUUCAAGAUGAAGCUCCUAGCGAGCUUCUUGAAGAGGGAGCAUAAUGUCACGCCGAGGGUGUAUGAUGAGGCGAUGUAUGUGAUGUAUCACCUCCCCCUACUGCCGGGCUACGGGCCCAACUCGAAUUUGCGCUCUUCAGCACCGCCAAAGUCUCCCGGCACGCAGACUCUCCUCCACCGGAUGUCCGAGGCAGAGGAGAACGGAUACCAGGGAACCUACUUCACGUCCCAGUCCCCGGAAGUGAACCAGGACGGCUACAUCCAGUCAGGCUCGCCCAAGCUGUCACGUAGCGUACCGUCCGAGACAGAACCCGAAACGGAGACAGAAACGGAACACGAUGCGAAUGGUAGGGGCACACCUCGAGCGCGGUCCCAAGCCGUCUCGGCUCCCGUUAUUGAAGAUAACGUCGCGGAGGUGAUAUUUUUCUCGUACGGCGUGGUGGCGUUCUUUGGAAUGUCGGAGAGCCAGGAACGAGGCAUCCUGGAAGACGUGGAGAACGCGGGGGUUAUGCUUCGCAAGUUCCACGAGGAGGAUUGGGAGGUGGAGGAGUUCCACUAUGUUCACGAUCCCAAUAUCGUGUAUCCGAGAAUAUACAACGACUUCUUUACUUUCAAAUCUCCCUCCCAUCUCCUGAAGAUAUCCAUCUCGCAUGCGCUUGCCCAGUCCACCCUCCUCGCCCACUAUGAGUCGGUCACCCACCGCGUCCUCUCCGCACCCACCACCCUCUCCAUCCCGCGACAGCUCGCCUCCUCGGGCGUGCUCACCCUGCGAAGGACCGAAGCGCUCAAGCUGACAGGCCGGCUGUUCAAGCUGAAAAGGGACGUGAACUUGAUAGGCAACAUCCUAGACGUGCCCGAGCUGUUCUGGGACGAGGCAACCUUGGGCGAGCUGUACGAAAGCGUUAGAGAGUAUAUGGAGGUGGAGUCGCGCGUGGAGGUGCUGAACGAGAAACUCGGCGUUGCGAGUGACCUGUUGGAUGCUAUACAUAAUCACCUCAAUAAUUCCGCUAUGGAGCGUAUAACGUGGAUUAUCAUCUGGUUAAUUGUAGUCGCUUGUCUGGUUGAAUUGGGAGAGGUCCUUGCUCGCCUCGUAGUGCAUGCUACAACGAGUAAGAAACACGUACAGGCAGCAGCAGCAGCAGUCUUCUCGAGGGACGAUGUUUUGCGGACUUUGGACAGGAUGAUGGCUUCGUCGCCGGGGAAAGUGUAAGAUCAUAAUCGUCAUGGAGGUAUCCCUUAAUAUUAUACCUAUUCUCUACUGCUCCCAUUGGUGAUAACCAUUUGCAUGAUACAUGCUUAACCA